AUGGCUCACCUCGCUCCUACCGGGAAGUGGGAUGCUCGCUACCUUGGCCCCGUCCCUCAUGAUGCUUCGUACUACGUCAAGUGUAUGGUUGGUGGUGCCCUUGCUUGUGGUACUACCCACGCUGGCAUCACUCCCCUAGAUGUUACAAAGUGCAACAUGCAGGUUAACCCUGGAAAGUACAAUGGACUUGUAUCCGGCAUCAGGCUCAUCGCGGCUGAGGAGGGCAGCAAGGGUCUGUGGAAGGGAUUCGGACCCACCCUCGUUGGGUACUCGUUGCAAGGCAUGUUCAAGUAUGGCCUCUACGAAGUCUUCAAGGAUACCUAUAUGAACCUGGCCGGCGAGGAGGCGUCAAGCAAAUACAAAGGCGCGAUCUGGCUUGCCGGUUCGGCAUCGGCUGAGGUGUUCGCUGACAUUGCGCUGUGCCCGCUCGAGAUGACGAAAGUCAAGAUUCAGACAAGUCCGGCUGGCACCUUCCCCGUCCCGAUGUUCGCGGCGCUCAGAGAGAUGAGCGCUCUCAAGGCAGACACUCGGUACCCUUUCGGAUCCCUCGUUCCGCUCUGGUCGCGUCAGAUCCCGUACACGAUGGCCAAGUUCUUCUUCUUCGAGUAUAUUGUCGAGCAGUUCUACAACCGCGUAUUCACCGCGCCAAAAGACACGUACGGCAAACCCACGCAGCUGGGUAUCACAUUCGCGUCCGGGUACCUCGCCGGCGUGAUUUGCGCCGUUGUCUCACAUCCCGCCGACUCGCUCGUAUCGCAGAUGGGUAAGCCGUCGAACAAGGGAAAGGGCCUUGGGCAGAUCGCAUCUGAGGUCGGAAUGGUAUCGCUCGCUACCAAAGGUCUCGGUACUAGGGUGCUUAUGAUUGGUACUCUAACUGGCUUCCAAUGGUGGAUCUAUGACUCAUUCAAGACCGCGAUGGGUCUCGGCACCACUGGUGGCAAGUAG